AUGGAUUAAUUAAAUUCAUGGGGUUAUUGUAAUCCAACUAAUUGGGAAGAUAAACUUCCAAAACCAUAUAAGUAAUUUAACAAAUUACUAUUAUAGAUUCAUAAACAAAAUCUUAAAUACUAUGAUACUUAAUGAAGUUUACAAUAAAGUAUUCGAAAUUGAAAAAUAUCGUUCUGACCCAAAUUAUGAAGGACAAUUAAGAACGUUGCCUCCUUAAGGUGUUUUUGACAUUCCUUAAUUGAGUUGUGUGAGUCGAGAUAGUUCAAGCAAUUUAGUAGCAGCAGGAGAUACUUAGGGAAAUUUAAUGAUAUUAGAUUUAAGUAAGAAACUUAGAAUUGCCAAGAAAGAAACAAAUGGGAAAAGAAUACUUAAAGUAUGUUUAAGUAGUAGAGAUUAAGCAACAGAUGAUUAUAAGAAUGUUUGUGUGUAGAAAGUAAUUAUUAAUUUAGGAUUGGAGUUGUUUAACAUAAUGAUCCAGUUGUGUACAUUUAUCGUUUCAGACCAUUAGAAAAUAAACUAUUACUUCAUCACACUAUUACAAUGUCAAAGGACAAGAAUGUAAUAGGUGAAUAUCCAGUAGAUGUAGAUAUUAGUUAAUUUUCUUAAUAUAUAACUGUUACAUAAUAUAAUGGAAGUGUCAAAGUGUUUAGAAUUCCAGAUUUAAAAAUAGAUUAAUAAUCAAAUUCAAGUCAAAUAUCAAAUAAUAGUGUUGGAGCAUAAAGUCCAAGACAUAUUUAAAGUUAAUUUAAACCAUCACCAAUAAAAGGGAAAGAAUAGCCAAUAGUGGCUCCAAUUCAAUAAUAAUAAAUUUAAACAUCUCCAAUGGAUAUUACAUGUUCUGAAUUAACUGAUUUGGUUUAUUAAGUUAAGUUUAAUGGAAUACAGAAAACACUGGAUUAUAAUGGAAUAAUAGCUAAAAUUAAAUAAGAUUUUACCACUCCAAAAGAGCCUCCUCCUGAAGAAAAGGUUGAUCCAAAAAAGAAGGCUCCAGUUCCUCCAAAAAAAGCUGUGGAAAUAGCACCUGUACCAGUUGUAGAGGAAAUACUUUAUGAUGAAAAUGAUAAUGGAGCAGUACCAAAUGAUGAUGAUUAUCCAAUUCAGAAAUAUAGAGCUUUAGUUGAAUUUAUUAUUGAAAGAUUUAGUAUACAAAAUGGAAACAAAACAUUUAAUUCAUAUAAAUAGCAUGAAUGCAUAACAGGAAUAGUAGUUGGUUGGACUAAUACAACAAGAGUUGAAUUACAUCGUUUUACUAGUGCAAAGAGAUCAGCACUACCAGAAUACUUAAGUGCUUCUUUUGGAUUACCAUCUUAAUAGCUAUUAAAGUAGUAAGCAUCAAUUACAGAAGUUUAAAUUCUUUAUCCUUUGAGUUGUAUGGCCAUAUCAAAAUCAUCAGUAUAUUUAGCUGCUGGGUUAUAAUAAGGAAGUGUCUUUGUAUAUGAUAUAAUAUUAGAAUAAGAGAGAUUUUAUUUAGAUAAGCAUAUGUACAAUUGUACUCAGAUUUAAUUUUGUGAUGAUAAUAGAUUAGUUUCAUCUUCAUAUGAUGGAAGUGUUAAUAUCUAUGAUAUAAAGGAAGGUAAGUUGUUGUGUAAAAGAACACAUCAAUUUAGAAAGGGAAGUAAAGUAAAAAAGGAAGAAUAAAAAUAAGGAUUGUGGAGAAUUAUUGGAAUGAGUGUUAGUCAUACUGGAGUGGCAGCUGCUUUGGAUGCUUAAUAAGAAGUUAGAAUUUAUGAUGUUUGGCAUGGUGAAAAAAUAGGGAAACUUACUCCUUAAUAAGUUAUGGAUGAUAAAUUAAGAUAAUGGGUUUAAGAUAAACCAUUAGUGGCAUGUUAUAAAAACGAAAUUUUAAUAUCAGCUGAUGUUUUACAAGUUAAUUAAUAUACAACAUUACAAAUUUAUAAAAUAUUUGACAAUUUGGUUAAUUUAUUUCCAGGAUUAGCUAAUAUAUAUAGAAAAGGAAUUGAAAAAGAUAAAGUCAUGAACUUAUUUGAAAAAAUAUCCAAAAGUGAAUUAUAAAAUCCAUAAUUUGAUAUUCCAAAUCUUUUAGGAAAUGGUAAUAAUCAAUUAAAAAUUCCUGGAUAAGAACAUAGACCUAGUUAAUAAAGAGGAAGCUAAUAAAGAAUUGGGUAUACAUAUAAAUAAAUUUAAGAUCAUAACAUGGUUCUCAUAAAAGUGGUAAAUUACCUCCUGCAGCCCCUUCAAGUAUUAAAGGAGGUCCUGUCUCUCUCAUAAAUUCAUUACAUAAAUCUAAUCAUUCAGAUUAAUAGGUUGAUUUUAAUUCAUCUUUCAAAAGUUAUCAAGCUUCUUCAAUGUCUCAUAGACUCUCAAAACAAAAUUCAAAAUAAGCCAUAUUAACUAAAGAAAUGCUACAUCCUGAAUAGUUCUUAUUAGAGAAGGAUAAAUCUUCAAUUCCAGUUUUAAUCAAAGAUGAUACAAGUAUGGUUGAACGUUGUAGAAGUAGAAAUUCUGAAAGAUUGGUGAGAAUCGAGAAGGUUAAUAAUAUGAUAUAGAAAGUUGGAUAAUAAUUGGCUUAAGAGGAGGAAAAGAAGAAGCUUCAAGAGCGUCAUCGUUAAUUGUCUUCUGCUAAAUGAUUAAUUAAUUAUGUAUUUGUUGUAAUGAACCCAAAAAAUAUAAAU